UGCUCCGUCCCCAGGCAGCACCACUCACAGUGAGCCUACCACUCACAAUCCAUCCCCAAUGGAAGUCCUGGACGAGUUCGACAGCGAAUUUCCCCAGAGUGUGACCUUCUGCCAGCUCAUCUCCGAGGACGACUUCGAGAGGCAAGCAGCGACCUACACGGAGCGCGCGCUGCGCCGCCUCUUCCGCACCUUGGACCGCAACCCAGCUCUGGCGGAGAGGGUCGUGCGCAAGGGCAAGCAGACUGAGAUCGAGCAGCGCGGGCUACUCUCCUGCCUCUGGGCGAAGUUUGUCUGCGCUGUCCAGGGGGAACUGAAUCAGUGCAACAGCAUGGGUGCCCUGGAAAUGCAUCAGCGCCUGGAGCAGCUGAAGAGGCGCAUCCACCGUGUGCAUCUAUAUUCUCAGGAUGCCAAGAAGAAGAGGAGGAAGCUGAAACCAAAGAAACCAGAUCCCAUCCUUUUCCGAGACCGCUCAACCUCCCCAGCCCUGUUACCACCACCGCUGUCACUGCUGCCAGCGCCUCUGCCACCGGCACCACCUACCACCACAGUGGCCUCUGUAGUGGCUGCAUCGCCCUCUGUCUACACUAUGCCCAGGGUCUUUGGCCCCUUCCCUCCAGUAACGGGCAAGCCGAUAGAGAAACCGGAUGUUUCAAGGUCUGAAGUGAAGUUAAACUGGAACGGUCUUUCAUCAACUUCAAAGAGCCACAUGGUCGAUCUGACCCCGUUGGUCCUCAACCCUGGAGGCUUCCAUUUCUCAUAUUUGGCAGGAAACAAUGCACACAAGCUCCAUUGUUCUGGCUUCUCCUGCACGGCAGCCUGCAGCGGACCCACCAACACUGAUGAGACUCCGUCUCCUGUGGUGAAAGCAUCCAUCUUCACGCCGUCCGUUCUACUCAAGUUCCAGCCUGUGCCGAGACCUAAAGAUGAUUCCGAGACUGAGCCUGGCAGCGCAGAGUCCACCUCUGCCAAGAAGAGCCAGUAACCUCGUCCCUACAGACCAUGCCCCAGGAAUGAAUAAAGUUCUCACAGAGGCGCCUCAUGCUGUUGGGCUCCCCAGGGCUUGUACAGCCUCUCUGAACUUCCAUCUGAAACAAAUGG